GCCCGACCAAGUCUUGCAUUCCACGUGGACGCCGGUUGUUGUUUGUCUCGUGCUGUCCCAGCAAAAUUUCCCAUCUAAAAGUGACCCGACAGGAAUUAUUUUCUGCGUUUUAUUUUCCUGCAGUUUUCCUGCGAAAAGACGCAACGAUUCCCUUCGUUUUCUGUCCAACGGGCAUGAUCUCACUUUUUUGGACUUCUUUGAUAAUUGGGUCGUUAACCCAGGUCCCCCACAACAACCAAAAUUGCUUGGCCCUAGAAGUGCCCCUCGGAGCUUGCAACACCCGGCCCAACUAGAUGACCUGAUCGGACCAUCAGCCCAUCAGUGUUGUGAGGGUUCUGAGUUCUGGGGUCAUCCAACUCGCCACUUUGACGCGUACCUCUUUUGAAGGGCGGGAACUGCUUUUUCUAAGGCGCAUGCACAGCCCAGCCUUUGGUUUCGGGAGUUGCGAAACCUCGGUUGGGGCAUCAUAUCACAAUGUCGAUUGUGGCCGACCAGGUCCGCCGUCUGGAUGCACGCAUUGACCGGGUCUCUCUUGUGCCCUUAACACAUGUGCAGGACCGCGAUGCCGAGUUGCAAGCCGUCGACGGCAUCGCCACCUCGGCACUCGCUUCGCCUCGCCUCAACGAGCUUCUAGGCAUCGUCAAGGCCCUGUCGUCUGGCUCCGUUUCGGGGGCUCAUCUGUCGUCACCGCGGAUUCAGAGGCUACUCCUCCAAUCCGGCCUGACGGGAGAACUGCCCUCGGUCGAGCUCCUCGAGGCGAAGAGCCAGUAUGAGACCGACGUCGAGUGGCUCCUGGUGGGUAAGGCUACCGUGCAGACGUACGGUCUCCUGAUGAGCACCCUCCUCGACCAGAUCAUUCCACUGAGCGAUGACAUUUGGUACUGGGACGAGGUUAUGACCUCUUACCCAUCCAGCUUUGUUUAUGCUGUGCAGACAUCGCCGUUGCGUAUGUGGAGAUGGUCAAGGGAAGUAUACUCCGACAGCCUGGAUCGAUUCCAGCGCCUGUAUCGUGAUGAGCUCCCUGGCCCGGCGUCCGAGCCCGAAGGCAUGUCCUCCGCACAACAGGACGAGAGUGACCCCGACCGCAAACCGAAAGGGUUCAGGACACUGUACCCUUCGCUGUCCGGACACUGGCGCCAAUUCUAUGGAAUUGUUAGGCAAAGUGUCACGGAGCGGUCCAUCGCUGAUAUCCAACGCAAGAUCCUCUCUCGUGUGGACAUCGGUCGAUCAGAAGCCCGCUACAAGCAGAAGCGGUUGCGCAGACUCCGGGAAAUGACAGCAACCGGACUGGGCGUGCUCAUGGACGAGGGGCUCAAUUUCGGCACCACCGAGGAGACACAGAGCGACGAGUGGAAAAGCCUGCUGGAGCGGAGCGUCGCCCUCAUGGACAUGAUCCUGCAAUCCGUUGUCUUCUUAGACCUCUCCGUCUCGGAAUUCGAGGACAAGGUAUUCAGUGGCGUUGACGAAGACCCCGAACUGUCGAUUCACAUCGAGGACUCCCACCCGGCCGAGAGACCCACCGUCCUCGCGCGACGGCUUCUUGGACUGCUCCAGAAAGGAUUGCCCAACCACCGCGUCGCCAUCACGGACCUCGCCGAUGAGCAUGGACGGCCGUCGAGAAUUGUCAGAUACUGGCUCCCGGCCGCCGCUCUCCUGGUUUCGUCCUCCACGAUCCUGCGUAUCCUCAUCAACAGGCAAGACGACAUCGUCAACUGGGUCCGUGAUUUCGGCGCCACCGCCCGCGACUUCUGGUUCAACUGGGUUAUCGACCCGGUCCGCAAGAUCAUUGGCACGAUUCGGCACGACUCCAACAGCGAGAUCGCCAUCAUGAGCCGGGACAGCCUGAAGGCCGACCGUGAUAGCCUCGAAAGGAUGGUGGUCGAGUUCGCCAUGGAUAACCCCGAUAUUGCCGUUGGAAACUCCUCCAUUACCGAACUCGAAAUUGGCGAGAUCCGGUCCAAGGUCAAGGCCGGGGAUGUGACGCCCGUUCUGAAGGCGUACGAGAAGGACCUGCGCCGACCGAUCGUGGGUGCGAUCAAGGGGGAUCUCGUUCGGUCGUUGCUAAUCCAGGUGCAAAAGACCAAGGUCGACCUCGAGGUGGCUAUUAGCGGGAUCGAUGCGCUUCUGAAGAGCCAGGAGUUGGUGUUUGGCUUUGUUGGCUUGACUCCUGGUGUUCUCGUCUCGAUCGGUGUCUUUCAAUACCUCAGAACGGUCUUUGGCAGCCGCAAAGGCAUGCGUCAGGGCCGGCAGGUCAGGCGCAGCGUUCGGGUGUUGCGCAAGAUCGACCGGAUCCUGUCCGAGGCCACGACAUCGCAGAACAACAUCAUCUCGUACCGCGACCACGGCCUCUUGGUGUGCGAGGUUCAUGUCCUACGCGGGUUGGCACAUAGCGUGCUGCCCGGUGACGUCGAGAAGGAGUUCAUCGAAGACCUAGACGAGCUGGCCAACCUCAAGGGGAUUCAAGUGCAGAUGAAGGCCCUGGAAAGGAUCCGAUGGGCCUAUGCCGAGUGGUUGGGCAGGAUGAAAUAGGGGUUUGCUUGGGGUGAGGGCAGACGGAAAGUGCGUCUCUCUAUGUGAUUCAUCUCAGCCAGCGGACAGCAUUCUGGACGGGAGCAUUGGGUACAACGGUGUAGCAUUUUCAACGCAUGGGAGGCGCAUAGGUUACGAUUAGAGCCACCAAGAGAGCAAGAGAGGCGAUUGUGCAGAAAACAGCUGCGAGGGGGGCGAGGGGGAGUGACCAAGUGAUCGACGUGAUACACCAAGCGCCACUCUAUAUCAAACAGGACAUUGUUUUCCGAGAGGCGGGAAUGGCGGUUUCAUCCUCCGCAUGCGGUAAUUUAAAAGCCUUCUUCAUGUUGGAACCCAAGCCGACAUCGCUGAAGCAUUGUUCGAGUAGAGUAGGUACCUAGGUAGUUGAUCUAUAAUCCAUACACAUAGAUGU